CUCUGGGGUACGUGAUGAAGGUCUCAACGAGGGGCCCGACUCGGCCCGACCGUUCCUUUCCCCUCUUCCAGUUCUUGGCGAACCUCGGUCUCGGAGAGUUGAGCAAUGGCCGCCUCUUCCGCUCUCAGGCUGAUCCUCGGCUCCUCGUCGGCGUCGCGCCGCCAGAUUCUGUCCGAGAUGGGAUACCAAUUCACAUUGCUUAGCGCGGACAUUGACGAAAAGGAGAUCAGAAAGGAGAAGCCGGAGGAACUGGUGGUCGCCUUGGCCCACGCAAAAGCAGACGCAAUAUUGGAGAAGAUGCAGAACAGUGGAUUGAUGAAAGAGAUUGUUGACUCUCAAGAGACUGCUUUGUUGAUCACUGCUGACCAAGUUGUGGUCCAUGAUGGAGUUAUCCGAGAAAAACCCAGUACUCCAGAAGAGGCACGCAAAUUCAUCAAAGGAUACUCUGAAAGCCAUGCUGCGACAAUUGGAUCUGUGCUUGUUACAAAUGUGAAGAGUGGGACUAGAAGGGAAGGAUGGGAUAAAUCUGAAGUUUAUUUCCACAAGAUACCUGAUGAAGUUGUCGAGAGCUUGAUUGAGGAGGGCGAUGUCUUCUAUGUAGCUGGAGGGCUCCUCGUAGAGCAUCCGCUGACUUCACCUCUGGUGGAAGCCAUUGUCGGUACAAUCGAUAGCGUAAUGGGUCUUCCUAAAGCGCUCACGGAGAAGCUCAUCAAGGAUUCCCUUCAAGAGCCAUAGCUACAAAUUUCUGGACGGAAAUCUCGUUUUGGAAAAUCAUUAUUCUCGUUCUGAACAAAUUAAACAUGUCUGGCAAAUGGAGCUAAAGUGAAUCGGCGUCUGCCAGCUCCCCUACACCAGUUUAGUAGUCCUAAUGUGUUGGGGUAGUUUUAAGACAUGCUGGGAGCCCCUUUUCUGUGACUACCUUUCCACACUAUCACUGGAGUUCAUUGUUAGUUGUGAUGCCCAUGAUGAUGUUAAUGUAUGGUGGACCAGACAAUAUGUAUAUCACUUGUGCUACGGCCAGCAUACCUGUGUGUGCUCUGUCAUCGUAA